AUGUCCUCUGUAAUUACUAGGUUUUUCAAAAACUUGAUCACUAAGUUUAUCCUAGAGGAGUUCCAUGGGGCUGUAUCUAAGAUGUCAGUGUUUGAUGCUUUCCUUUUCUGGAUUGUACAUUCCGUAGAUAAGAAGCGUCUAUGGCACAGGCUGCCUGUGAUUUUGGGUCUCGCUUACCUGGAAAUUCGUAGACAUCUUCACCAGGUCUACAAUUUGCUGGAUGUUGGCCAUCAAAUCGGUGAAGGAUGCAACCCGGCUGAUUAUCCUUACAGGACAGCAGACGGAAGGUAUAAUGAUCCCUACAAUGAGGUUGCAGGCAGUGUAAACUCUUUCUAUGGCAGGAACGUUAUGCCAGUUGAUCAGAAAGAUAAGUUGAUAGCACCACAUCCUGCCCUAGUGGCUACAAAACUACUCGCUAGGAGAGAGUACAAGGACACAGGAAAGCAGUUUAACAUGGUUGCAGCUUCCUGGAUUCAGUUCAUGAUCCAUGAUUGGAUUGAUCACUUGGAGGAUACCAAGCAGAUAGAACUGAUUGCGCCAAAAGAGAUCGCGAGCCAAUGCCCUCUUAGUUCAUUUAAGUUCUAUACGACCAAGGAAGUCCCAACUGGCUUUCCAGACAUCAACACUGGUUUCCUGAACCCACGUACAUCUUGGUGGGAUGGAAGUGGUAUCUAUGGAAAUGGUGCAACACGGUUGCAGAAAGUGAGGGAGUUCAAAGAUGGGAAACUGAAGAUAGCUGAAAAUGGUCUUUUACCCCAUGAUGAAGAUGGGUUGGCUAUUUCAGGAGAUAUUCGUAAUUCCUGGAUCGGUACCUCUACCCUCCAGGCCCUCUUCGUCAGAGAGCACAAUGCUGUCUGCGACAUGCUCAAGAAAGAAUAUCCAGAGAUGGGAGAUGAAGAAUUAUACAGGCGGGCGAGAUUGGUGACAGCUGCUGUGAUUGCUAAGGUUCAUACCAUUGAUUGGACGGUCGAGCUCCUGAAAACCGAUACAUUACACGCUGCAAUGCGAGCAAACUGGUAUGGAUUGCUGGGGAAAUGGUUCAAGGACACAUUUGGCAACAUUGGAGAUCCUCGACUUGGAGGUCUUGUUGGUUUGAAGAAGCCAGAAAAUCAUGGAGUUCCAUACUCCUUAACAGAGGAUUUCGUCAGUGUAUACCGGCUGCACUCACUUUUGCCUGACGAGCUGCUCGUUAGGGACAUUUCAACUAAAUCAGCUCCCGGCAAGUCUCCACCGGUAGUCAAAAGGCUGCCCGUUCCAGAGUUGAUUGGCUCAAAAGGUGAGAAGGUCUUAGCAGAGAUAGGAUUCGAUAGGCAAAUGGUGUCCAUGGGCCACCAAGCCUGUGGCGCUCUUGAGCUAUGGAACUACCCUAAUUGGCUCAGGAACAUCGCACCCGAUGAUCCCAAUGGCAAAGACAGGCCUGAUCAUGUCGAUCUGCCAACUCUUGAAGUAUAUAGAGACAGAGAGAGGAAAGUUCCGAGGUACAAUGAGUUCCGCAGACGCCUGUUGAUGAUACCAAUAUCAAAAUGGGAAGACCUAACGGACGACAAGGAAGCCAUUCGAGUUAUCACUGAGGUUUAUGGCGAUCGAGUUGAGGAACUAGAUCUUCUUGUCGGUCUCAUGGCAGAGAAAAAAAUCAAAGGAUUCGCCAUAAGUGAAACUGCAUUCUUCAUAUUCAUUCUCAUGGCUUCGAGGAGGCUGGAGGCCGACAGGUUCUUCACAAGCUACUUCAAUGAGGAAAUCUACACAAAGAAAGGACUUGUAUGGGUGAACACAACGGAGUCUCUUCGAGAUGUGAUCAAUCGCCACUGUCCUGGAAUGACCAAGAAAUGGAUGAACUCUGCUAGUGCAUUUACUGUCUGGGAUGCAUCUCCACAGCCCGAAAGCUGCAUUCCCCUCUAUCUCCGGAUUCCAGGAUUUAUGUGAAAUUUAUGUCUAUUAUUGCUGGUUUCCUAUUGUUUCAUAAAUAAAAGCUAGCAGAAAUGUUGUGUGUGAUACCAAGAUCAAUGUUUGUAGUUUCUUUUAUUGAGGGUAAUUUGGACCACCAGGAACAAUGUUAUGCUGGUAGUGGUAGACUGCAGGUGUUUCACUUGUCCCUGUACUUGUGGACUCUGGUAUUUGAGAUGCUUGGGG